CAGACAGACUGUGGGACCACUAGCCUGCCAACAGGAAAUAAACUUCUAAAAAAUGUUGAAGGGCAAAAUCAAGAACAAGAAGCAUUCUGUGAAGCCAUUGCAAAGCUGAGGACCAAGUUUCCCCAUAAUAACCAUGAUACAAACCCAGGCUUUGUGUUGAGUCCAGUAAUGUUGCAACGAAACAUCAGUGGAGAGAACUCAAGCAUCAAGAUUUCAAUAGAAAUUGAAGGUUUUCAACAACCAGUGACAUUUACAUGUGAUGCAAGUUCUCCAGUUGAGCUCAUAAUAAUGCAGGCGCUUUGCUGGGUGCAUGAUGAUUUGAAUGAAGUAGACAUUGGCAGUUAUAUCUUGAAAGUUUGUGGGCAAGAAGAAGUUUUGCAGAAUAAACAUAGUGUAGGAAGCCAUGAAUACAUACAGAACUGCCGCAAGUGGGACUCAGAGAUCAAACUGCAGCUCCUGACCUAUAAUGUUAUAUGUAGAGACCUGGCACGAACAGCUGAUGAUGAUGAGACACCAAUAGAUUUGACCAAAUAUCUGUGUAAUGUAGAAAAACUCUUCAAAGAAAGCAUUCAAAGCCAUUCGCUUGAAGAGCUCUUAGAAACUUAUCACAAUCAAGUCGCUAUACUUCUUAAAAAUGAGAACCAGCUCAAAGCAGUAGAUCCAGUCAUUAAAGCUGUCAGAAAAAUUUGCUGUACAUUGGAUGGCGUAGAAACCCCUGCCAUUACAAUGGCCGUAAAGAAACUAAGAAGAGCAGUUAACCUUCCACGAAGUAAGAGUCCUGAGAUGUCUUUUGACGAGGCUAACAAGAAUUCGAUUGGUUCACUGCAAACUGAAAGCCCUCUACAAGUGAGCCUAGAUCAGCUGACCUCAGCAGUCUAUGGUCUUCUUCAGCUCCACUUGAACUCAUGUAGCAGUCCUUCUUUAAACACUCCAGAGACUGAGAGAAGUACUAAAGAAGCAUGGACUGCCACAGAGCAUCUCCAGUUCACAGUAUUUGCUGCUCACGGAAUUCUCAGUGGCUGGGUCUCUGUUUAUGAAAAAUACUAUUUGGUUUGCUCUCUGACCCACAAUGGAAGAGAUCUUUUUAAACCUGUCCAGUCCAAGAAAGUUGGAACAUACAAGAAUUUCUUCUAUUUGAUUAAAUGGGAUGAAUUAAUAAUAUUUCCUAUCCAGAUCUCUCAGUUACCAUUAGAAUCUAUCUUAAGCCUUACUCUCUUUGGAAUAUUAAAUCAAAAUAGUGGCAGUUCACCUGAUUCAAACAAGCAACGAAAAGGACCAGAGAUGUUGGGUCAAGUUUCCUUCCCUCUCUUUGAUUUUAGACGAAUGUUGACUUCUGGAACAAAACUUUUAUACCUUUGGACUCCUUCUGCAAGCCCUGUUUCUGGGGUAGCCCAUAAAAAAGGAAACCUAAUGGAAAGAAUAGUAUUGCAGGUUGACUUUCCUUCUUUGUCAUUUGAUAUUAUUUACAAAAACCCUCAAGCUGCAAAUGGUUCCGCAUGUAAUUCUAUAGAUGCAUUGGAAAAAGAUUCAAGAGAGCGUCUUAUUUCCAUUCUUUCUAAACAGGGUGCUGUCAGCCUGUCUAGAAAAGACAAAACAUUUUUGUGGGAGAAACGACAUUAUUGCCAUACAGAUGUAAAUAGCCUUCCAAAGGUUUUAGCUAGUUCACCGAACUGGGACUUGACAACUCUCCCUGAAAUAUAUUUGCUGCUUCAGCAAUGGUCUCCCUUACCUCCUCUGACUGCAUUAGCAUUGCUGGACUCCAAUUUUACAGAUCAAGAAGUAAGAACAAAAGCUGUGCAGUGGAUUGAGACAAUCAGUGAUGAUGAACUGGCUGAUAUUCUUCCCCAGUUUGUGCAGGCACUAAAAUAUGAAACCUAUCUGGACAGCUCUCUAGUCAGAUUCCUUUUGGCCCGCGCAUUAGGAAAUAUUCGAAUAGCACACUAUUUAUAUUGGUUACUGAAGGAUACCCUGCAUGAUAUUAAACAUGGUGUAAGGUAUGAGCAUAUCCUUGGUGCCUUCCUUUCAGUCUGUGGCAAAAGACUGAGAGAAGACCUGGAAAAGCAGACCAGACUGGUACAAAUCUUAGGAAUGGUUGCAGAAAAAGUCAAGCAAACAAAUGGAUCUGCCAGACAGGUUGUUUUGCAAAGUGGAAUGGAACGUGUUCAGACAUUCUUCUUAAAAAACAAAUGUCGUCUGCCUCUCAGCCCCAGCCUUGUAGCAAAAGAACUCAAUGUUAAGGCAUGUUCCUACUUCAGUUCAAAUGCAGUACCUCUUAAAAUUGCUCUGGUAAAUGCAGAUCCCUUGGGAGAAGAAAUUAAUGUAAUGUUUAAGGUUGGCGAAGACCUACGCCAGGACAUGUUGGCAUUGCAAAUGAUAAAAAUUAUGGAUAAAAUCUGGUUACAGGAAGGACUUGAUUUGCGGAUGGUUAUCUUCAAGUGCCUUUCUACUGGCAAAGACAGAGGAAUGGUGGAGCUUGUUCCAGCUUCAGAUACACUUAGGAAAAUUCAGGUGGAAUAUGGUGUGACUGGGUCCUUCAAAGAUAAGCCUCUUGCAGAAUGGUUAAGAAAAUACAACCCCACAGAAGAAGAAUAUGAAAAGGCUUCUGAAAAUUUCAUCUAUUCUUGUGCGGGCUGUUGUGUAGCCACUUACGUCUUAGGUAUCUGUGAUCGCCACAAUGAUAACAUAAUGCUUCGAAGUACAGGACAUAUGUUCCAUAUUGAUUUUGGAAAGUUUUUGGGACAUGCACAGAUGUUUGGAAGCUUUAAGAGGGAUCGGGCUCCUUUUGUGCUGACAUCAGAUAUGGCCUAUGUUAUCAAUGGUGGUGAAAAGCCUACUAUUCGCUUCCAGUUGUUUGUUGAUCUCUGCUGCCAAGCUUAUAACCUGAUAAGGAAACGAGCCAACCUUUUCCUCAGUCUGCUGUCACUGAUGCUCUCCUCUGGGUUACCAGAACUUACUGGUGUUCAGGACUUGAAAUAUGUCCAGGAUGCUCUUCAGCCCCGAACAACAGAUGCUGAAGCUACCAUUUUUUUUACAAGGCUGAUUGAGUCAAGCUUGGGAAGUGUUGCUACAAAGUUCAAUUUCUUCAUUCACAACCUUGCUCAGCUGCGAUUUUCAGGGCUACCUUCCAAUGAUGAGCCCAUCUUAUCCUUUUCUCCCAAAACAUACUCACUUAAGCAAGAUGGCCGAAUCAAAGAAGCAUCUGUCUUUACAUACCAUAAGAGAUACAACCCAGACAAAUAUUACAUCUAUGUUGUCAGAGUUUUAAGAGAGGGGCAGACUGAACCCACAUUCAUUUUUCGGACAUUUGAUGAAUUCCAGGAAUUCCACAACAAGCUAGGUAUCCUAUUUCCUCUUUGGAAAUUACCAGGCUUUCCUAAUAAAAUUGUUCUAGGAAGAACUCACAUAAAGGAUGUAGCAGCCAGGAGGAAAGUAGAACUGAACAGCUACAUACAAAGUUUGAUGAAUGCAUCAACUGAUGUAUCAGAGUGUGAUCUUGUCUAUACUUUCUUCCACCCAUUACAACGUGAUGAAAAAGCCGAAGGAAUUGAUGGAAUAGCUAAGUGUACAGAUGUAAGCCCUCCAAGUCCUGUUUCAGGCAAAGUAGGAGGAGAAGUUAAGUUGUCCAUCUCCUAUAGAAACAGCACUCUGUUUAUCAUGGUGAUGCACAUUAAAGAUCUGGUCACUGAUGAUGGUGCAGAUCCAAAUCCAUAUGUGAAAACUUACCUGCUUCCAGAUAUACAUAAAACAUCUAAAAGGAAGACCAAAAUAUCACGAAAGACUAGAAAUCCAACUUUCAACGAAAUGCUUGUGUACAGCGGCUAUAGCAAGGAGACACUAAAGCAAAGGGAACUGCAGCUAAGUGUCCUCAGUGCAGAAUCACUGCGUGAAAAUUUUUUCCUGGGUGGUAUCACUCUUUCCUUAAAAGAGUUUAACUUGAACAAGGAGACUGUCAACUGGUAUCGGCUUGCUGCAGUACCAUACUUGUGAACCUCAUAGCUUAUAGAGGUGAAUAGAACAAAACGAGUCAUCUCAGCUCCAUUUGUAUUUGGUCACUUUUUCCUACUUGAAGAUAACUCAUACACUCUAGCAUAAGACACUGCAAUCCAGCACAUUGCAGUUGGACCAGCCAUCAAACAUUUUAAACACAACUUCUGGCAAACAACUUCCACUUAUGCUUUUUACUGUAAUAAUAUUCAAGCAUAGAUAUAUGUAUAAAUGAAUUGUAUAAAUGUAAUAUCUGUGGAUAAUGAACUUUUUAAGCAUGCUUAGAUGUUCCAAAUUAAAACUCAAGGUUUUUUCAUAGAUUCGGUUUGGUCACGUUUGAAUUGCUUUAUACUCCUGCUGUCAUUAAACACAGCACUGUGUUUUAAAAAGAACAAGUUAAAAAAUUCUUCAAAAUGUCAAAAGGGAGAUUUGAAUAAGCAGCUGGAUUAGCCCCAGGACUCAUUGGACCUCUUUGAGGCUAUAAUCAGAAUGAGUGCCAAUGAUGAAUGUUAUAAAUAAUGGUGCCUUAUUUUGCCAUUCAACUGCUUCUUAUACCUCAUAUCUGACAUUUAAAAACAUUUAUCUUUUUGUUAACAAGCUUUUUUAUCCAGCUCUUUUAAGAAGAAAGAAUGUGGCUCUCUCUGUAUGUUAUAUUUAACAUUUUCCCUUCCACUUGUUCCAUUUUCUUAGAUCAGAUUCAAAUGACACUAACAGUUAACCUGAUUUGUUUUGACCUUUUUGUUUGUAUGACCUUAAUAGUAACUGUAAAUAUUGUAUGGGUGCAUACUCAAAUGGUUUUAUGCCACGGUUGACUACAAAGCACAUAUUUCUCAGAAAUUAGCCAUUAUGGACAGUGGCUAGGGUUUUGUGAUUAGUUUCCAGAUCACAUGUACCAGACCCACAUAAAUUAUUAUACUCAUUAGCCCCAUAAAGCUGAAACGUUUAUUUAAAAGCAUGGAAGGCCAGAGGAGCAGUUGCUAGUUGAGAAUACGUUGCACUAGAACCACUGAGUAGUGAAACUGACACAGUAACAGCUUGAGCUAGACUUAAGAGCUGUCAAGUACUCUAUGACCACUCUAAGUGAUCCACCACAGAUCCUAUUCAGUUCAGUGGAAAUUGGCUUGCCCUUAUAGGAAUGAAUGAAAGAAGCUCUACACAUUUCUUGGGACACUGCAUGUACAUGCAAUUUAAUAACGCCAGUUAAAAAUAGCUAAUGUAGGAAGGGCAUUUAAAUUGCACAAAAUGUUUAAUGCUGAAGCCCAAACAUUUUUGUAUAAUGAUGACAGGGAUGCCGUCUCUCAACUGUUCAUAGUAACGAGCUUAAAGUAAAAGAAUGCAAUGAUAAAUGAGAACAAAUGCUUAAAAUAAUACAAUGAUAAAUGAGGAUAUGACAGACAAUGACAAUCUUUAUUGCACAAGUAAACUAAAAUAUGAUCUAAUUUAUUUCUUUUAAAGUAUAUUGAGUACUUACUUUAAAACCUAGUACAACAAAUGGGAGGGAGAAAUGGACAUAAAAUUUAAUGUAUACUAAUAUCUUAGAUUAUUUCUCAGUGUUAAAAUUGCAUUAUAGCUAAUAUAAGCUACUUGCCAUUUAAAAACAAUAACCUAGUUUUGUUAGCUAUAAUACAAUCUAUAUGUGAGUAGUAACCUAUAUAGUAAAUAGAAUAAACUAACUAAAAGAUUGUAUUUCCUGCACACUUGAUGCUUUUCGAGAUGCAUUCCAGUCCAUGAAUAGAAUCGCAAGUCACAUACACACACAGGAAAGUAACCUACUGUUUCUAUGAAAUGUUCCAUUAAAUAAACUGAAAGCAAUAUGUACUCCUUUUUUGCAGUGUGUUACUAGAGCACAGUAUGUUACAGCACAAAACUAGAGACUUAAAAGACUUGUUAGUAAUGGUUUGUGGCAGCAGCUCUUGGCUGAAUGUUGGUUAGAAUAAGCACUGUACCUUACAGGAGCAUUUGCCUGUGUCUUUUGUAGCUCAUGCUCAUGCUUGUGCCUUUGCCCACCUCCACUACUUUUCAGAUUAAGUACACAUUGACUAAAGCUCUCCAGACAGAUGCUUAAAAAAACUCUUCUUCAGUUGUUAAUGACAAAUGAAAAUUGUAGUACAGAAACAAUAUUAACUUUGCAUUAUGGAGGGGGGUUAUUUACAGUGGUGUGAUACACAAACAAUAAAUGAUUGCCCAUAUUUUGUGGGGGGGGGGGACAAUUCUGUAUUACUAAAGCUGACAUACACAAAAGGGGAGGAGGGAGUACUUGGGAUAAAAUGUAACUCUUUAAUAAACAAUGUUUUUAAAGUGUGGUCUCAUGACAUUUUUAUAUUUAGUUAAUCAAAUAAAAUCUUGUGCAUUGUAUGUGGACUGCAGCUAGAAAUAAAUUUGUGUUUUAUGUACAUUUAUUUUGAUACUUUGAGGAAUACAUGUUGCUGUAAAAAUCACUUCCACUUUUUCUGUACUAUAUAACUUGGCUAUGACUUUGCACUGAAUUUUUUAAUAUUACUGCCUUUUUUAUGACCCACAUAUAUAUAUGAAAGCAUGAAUGAUCUUUGAUAUUUCUCUUUUUAAAAUUACAAUGGUAUAGAAAUCUUAGUAUCUUGCCUUAAGCCUGACUGCUCUUUCUGGGAAACUGUAAAUGCAGCUUUCAAAGUUAAGAAAUCCUGUUUCUGAUAUUUGCAUAAUUUGGCCACGGUCUAAUACAGAAUUAAUGUAUGCUUAAAUCUGUAUUAAAUUGUAGUUUAUGCAUGUUAUAUGGAGGAAAAAUAUUCAGGCAAUAUUGUACCAGUCUCAUAAUCCAUAGGAAUUUAAUUUUCCUUCCAUGCUUUAUACUUUCAUACUGUGACUAAAAAUACAGCAAGUUUAUAGAUAAUAAAAUGUAUUGGAGGCAAAUGUACACAUUUGCCUUUAAUUAUCUAUUUAUCUGUAAGAACCAAAUAUUUCAGUUGUAUUACACUGAUAGCUAAUAAAGAUGUACAGUAUUUCUAUCAAUAUCCUAACCCAUAAUGUAUGGGUUUAAUGUGACUCCAUAACUGUCCUACAGGUACAUUAAACACUAUUCUG